CUCGAAUAGAUUGUUGACUCUUGGCUCAACCUUCCUUUCUUUCUCUUUCUCCUUAUUCGUUUCUCUUCUUCUUCGUUUCCCUUUUGGUUUUUGUAAGAUCUAUAAAAAAACCCUAGAAAGAGAGGAACGUAGGGGAGAAUCAAUUAGAGGAUAAAAUUGAUGGGAAGAGGGAAGAUUGUGAUCCAAAGGAUCGAUGAUUCUACCAGUAGACAAGUCACUUUCUCCAAACGAAGAAAGGGUCUUAUCAAGAAAGCCAAAGAGCUAGCCAUUCUCUGUGACGCCGAGGUCGGUCUCAUCAUCUUCUCCAGCACCGGAAAGCUCUAUGACUUUGCCAGCUCCAGCAUGAAGUCAGUUAUUGAUAGAUACAACAAGAGCAAGAUCGAACAACAACAACUACUGAACCCCGCAUCAGAAGUCAAGUUUUGGCAGAGAGAAGCUGCGGUUCUAAGGCAAGAAUUGCAUGCUUUGCAAGAGAAUCAUAGACAAAUUAUGGGGGAACAACUAAAUGGUUUGAGCGUCAACGAGCUAAACAAUCUUGAGAAUCAACUUGAGAUAAGUUUGCGUGAUAUUCGUACGAAAAAGGAACAAAUGAUGAAUCAUGAGAUCCAAGAACUAAGCCAAAAGAGGAACCUCAUUUAUCAGGAGAACCUCGAGUUAUCUCGAAAAGUACAACGGAUUCAUCAAGAAAAUGUGGAGCUCUACAAGAAGGCUUAUACAUCAAGCACAAACGGGUUUAUACAACGUGAACUAGCUGUCGCGGAUGAUGAAUCUAACACUCAGAUCCGGCUGCAACUAAGCCAACCGGAUCAUUUCGAUUAUGAGACCCCACCAAGAGCAAGCCAAUAACACCAUGUGAUUGAUGUGUGGAGAUACGAUGGUGUUAAAAGAAUAAACCAAAGGUGUUUGAAUAUGGAUCUUGAAUUGGAAACAAACAAGAAACUUCAAGAAGCCAAGCCAUAAAAAGCAGCAUGUCUCUUCUAAAUUUUCAUCAAAUCAUACUUUUCCUUUCUCUUGUCCCUUUCAAUUGUAUAACGAAGCAUAUAUAAUACAGAAGAAAUACAAUUAAAAUUGUGUUUAUUAUUCUCAUCCUGUGUACAUAUGGUCCGGUCUUUGUAUAACCACACAUUCUCUAA